AUGGACAGCAUCAGUAAUUCAGGUGUCAGUUUAAUACUGAAUCCUGAUAUUGCCAAUGUCAUAAAUGACCAUCAGCAUGAUCUAUCCACAUGUGAAGAAGAGUUUGAGAAUCAAGAGGAGAUUCAACAAAUGCUAGUCAAUGCAUUCGAUAGUCAUUCUUUAUCGAAUACAGAAAAUGAUGAUCAUGUUUUCGACGAUGAUGACGAAGAAGAAGAAGAACUUGUACCAAAUGAAAAUCCAAGAGCAGACGAUCAUCAUCUCUGUCAACAAGAGAAUGAAAGUCUUCGUCAACGUCUGGCGACUUAUAUGACCAAUGAAGAAAUCUAUCGGAAAACGACGUCCGAUUUCGAGAGCAAAAUCAACGAAUUGAAUGAAAAAUACGAACAGAAUCUUUUCUCUCUUCGUCUGGAAUAUGAAACAAAAAUUGAACAAUUAACGAUGAAAACCAGUGAACAGCAGAUCGAAAUGUUAACACUGAAACAAAUGUACGAAACGAUCUACGAUGAAAAAUGUCACGCCGAUCAGCAAAUCGAUGAACUUCGUUCAAAUGAACGAAAUCUUCAAGAAAAUCUGGAUCGAAUACAGGUCGAGAACGAACGACUCUCAAUAACGAGUAAAAAACCAUCAAUGCUAAACAAUGUUACUCAAACGGAACCAAACAAUGAAGUUCAAAAACAAAUCGAUGAGUUAAACAGAGUCAACAUUCAAUUAACUGAUCAAUUGAAGCGAUUACAAAUUCAAUUCGAUGAACGUGAACAAAUUCACUCAGCUGAAAAACUUCAAUAUGAAAAAUCGAUUGCAGAUCUAUCCAAACGACCUUCUAUGAUCUCUCUUCAACUUCAGACCGAUUUUCCCGAUGACGAUAGGAAAAUAAAACAAUUGCAAGGUGAACUGGAUGAUUACAAAUUGAAGCUCAACACUAAACAAAUGGAAUUUAACAGUUUGAAAUUCGAUUAUGACAAUCUUCAACACGAUAUGAAUGAUCGUUUGUCUUUAUUAACAAAAACUGUUCCAAAUGAUCAACUGAAUCAGGUUACCGUUGAACGCGAUCAAUAUUUAGCUGAACUAAUGAAACUUAAGAAUGAACUACCAGAAUUGAAACAACAAAUGAUCGAUAGUUUCCAGCUGAAAGUCGUUUCAUUCAAAGAACAAGUGAAGAAGUCGUUAGUUGAAAAGGAAAAUGAGUAUCGGAAAAAGAUUCAACAGAUUGAAGAUGAAUAUGUCCAUCAAUACGAGCAAGUUUUAGAGAAAAACAAACAAGUCGUACGUGGUUUGAUUCUUGCUAAGCAAGAAGAGUUUAACAACGAAAGAAAUGAAAUUAUCGCGGAAUAUGAAGAAAAAUUCAAAGUAGUUCAACAACAACAACAGCAGCAGCAAUUAAACAACGAUGAACGACGUACAUACGAACAGAAAAUUGAAGAAUUAACACGUGCUAAUGAUAAAUGCAGUCAAUAUCUCGCCAAACACGGCAAAACUACAUUAAAUCUUCAACAUUUCGAUGAAGCAAAGCGCAAAUACAACGAUGAAAUUCAUCGUCUCUACGAUCAAAUCGCCAAACAGAACCAACAACAAAUCAUAUUGAUCGAUGAGCAUCAAAAGCAACUUGAACAAGUCAAGUUAACUUACGAUCAACGCUAUCGGAUUCUUUUAGAUGAAUGGAAACUGUACAAUAACGAUUUACACGAGAAUAAUUCAAAAUUGAAAACAAAAUUAAAAGAAUAUGAAAAAACUAUCGCGCAAUUACGUUAUCAUAUCAUCAAUUUACAAAUUGAAUAUUUGCAAAGCGGCGGUAAUGCAAAUAAAAUUCUUCCCAUAUCCAAUGAAAUUUCAUAA